UGCGCGUGAUCGGUAAAAACAAAUCGGCGGACCGUGAAGGUGCUGAGGAUAUUCCAUCGUCAAACGAUUGUCGAUGUUGUUUGCUGUUGUUGCCGUGGUUGAUGUUGUUGCUGCUGCUGUUAUCUCUGGUUUGCUGUAAAUUUGCGCAGUACACUUAAAAAAAAUCAUAUCAACGCAGUAGUGGAAGAAGAAGAAGCAUCACACACAAAAAGAGUGCGCACGAAAGAGCAUAAACAGCAGGAGGAGAGAGCGCGCGCGAAAAAGUCAACGGUUGUUGUUGUAUUUGUGUUUUGUACCAGCCGCAGCAUCCCGCCAUUGUUGCUGAUUUUUUUUGUUAUAUUCGUUAGUUGUUGUUAUUUGUGUGUCCAGCGUGCAUCGCGUGUAACGUAAAAAAAAAACUGUGCCGUCGUCGUCGCUGAAGUCUCCAGUCUCCAAACGUCCACCCUCGCCCGCAUCGUAGCGCAGCGCAUCAAUUGCACUAAUUUCUUCAAUCAGCGCACAAGGCAAGAUACCGAUUUUAAACGAGUAAAACUAGCGAAAAUUGUUUAACAAGUGAAAAAGAGAUCUGUUUGCCAAAUAACGCCCCUAAACGCAUAAACAAAUUCAAGCUUCGAACUGACGCGAUUACUGAAGAUGCCUUACCAGCCAGCAGGCAAUAGCAGCGGCUCGGGCAGCAAAACGGCAGCCAAGAUGUCGCAGCUAAAAUUCUGGAAUAAGCAGAACAGCAACAAGCAACAGGAGAAGCAAUUGCAGCAGGAUGCCGGCAAUGGCAGUGACAAUAUCGAUGCCACCAAUGGCAAUGGCAACAACGUUGCCAACGGUGGCAGCAACAACAACAGCAGCAGCAACUCGAAGAGCGAAUCGAAGAAUGGCAAACGCAAUUGGUUGCAUACACCGGAGCAGCUCAUCAGCGGACAUGCCGUCUAUCUAGUCAAGUUCUUUGGUAACCUGAGCGUGGACCAGCCCAAGGGCAUUGAGGUGGUCAAGGAUGCCAUACGCAAGCUGCAGUUUGCCCAGCAGAUGAAGAAAGCGGAGACGGGUACACAGGAGAAGUUCAAGAAACUUGAGAUCACAAUUAGCAUCAAAGGUGUUACGAUUCAAGAGCCGCGCACCCAUAAAAUACUGCAUCAGUUUCCGCUGUACAACAUCUCGUAUUGUGCGGACGAGAAGGGUGUGAAGAAGUUCUUUAGCUUCAUUGCCAAGACGGUUAAGACCAAGGAUAGCAGCAGCAACGAUAGCAAUGGCUACAAUGGCAGCGCCAAACCCGACGAGACACACGAAUGCUUUGUAUUCAUAUCAAAUAAGUUGGCCUCGGACAUUACGCUGACCAUUGGUCAAGCCUUUGAUUUGGCUUAUAGAAAAUUCAUGGACAGCAAUGAGAAGACGAAUCUCAACAAGGCGCAGCAACAGAUUGAGCAUCUGCAGAACACGAUUGCCAUCUACAAGGAGCGACUGCGCGAAUUGUCCAACAAAUUGCCAAAGGCCGAGCUGGAUGCCAUGCUCUAUAAGCUGGGCAUUAAGGAUAUUGUCGAGGCGCCCGCUAAUGAGCUGAAUGGCAACGAAACCCUAAGCAACGGCAAGUUGGAUGAGGAUAAGCUGCUGAUCGACACCAAUUCGACGACAGCGUCAACGCAUUCGGCAUCGCCAAAUUCGUUCUUGCCCAUUGUGCCACCGAGGAGCACUUUGUCCAGUCAGAUGAGCAGCAGCAGCAGCGGCGGCAAAAGCAAUAGCCAGAAAAUGGAUGAACUGCUGCUCAAUUCGGAUUCGGACAGCGAUUUUGAUCCACGUGCCGAUGAGAUACAGGAUAAUCUCAGCAAUGGUCGCAAUGCCAUUAGCAAUGAUCUGUUUGGCUUUGAACCAUCGAAGAGCUUUGGCCAGCAGUUGUUCUUUAACAACAACGAUCACAAGCUGCAGAACAACAACAAUAACAACAACAGCAGCAACGUGAGCAACAACAACAUGAGCAUCAACAGCAGCGGCUUCUCCAGCGAGCUUAACAUAACGCCACCACUGUUGGCACCGCCGCCAAAGAUUGCGGCUCCGCGACGCAACACGCCGUUGACCAACAAUAUUGGCCUUAAUGGCAACACGGAUUUGUUUGGAUCCGAUCCGUUUGAAAUGAACAACGGACCCAGCGUGUUUAAGCAGAGUCAGCAGCUGAAUAUUGAUGAUUUCUCCCUGGAGAGCUUGGAUCCGUUGCGCAAGUGAGCCGAAAAUCCAGCGGUGCUAAUUACGCCAUUGCAAAUAAACACAUCAAUUAAUAUUACUACUAACAAACAACAAAAAAACAAAAAAAAAAACAA